UAAGAGCCGCGCGUUGUCUUGUUCAGCCUCUUUCUUUCACGCGACCCUCGAACCCGAUAUUACCUUGUCUUUAAAACCGCUUUAAAGCGAAUCCUUGGAAGCACUGCAAAGAUGCCCAGGGAAGACAGGGCCACGUGGAAGUCCAACUACUUUAUAAAAAUCAUCCAACUCCUGGAUGACUACCCAAAAUGCUUCGUUGUGGGAGCCGACAAUGUGGGCUCCAAGCAGAUGCAGACCAUCCGUUGUUCCCUGCGUGGCAAGGCCGUGGUGCUGAUGGGGAAGAACACCAUGAUGCGCAAGGCCAUCCGUGGCCACCUGGAGAACAACCCUGCUCUGGAAAAGCUUCUGCCCCACAUCAAGGGAAAUGUCGGUUUUGUCUUCACCAAGGAGGACCUGGCAGAGGUCAGGGACUUGCUGUUGGCCAACAAGGUGCCAGCUGCUGCCCGUGCUGGAGCCAUAGCCCCCUGUGAUGUGACCGUGCCUGCCCAGAAUACUGGACUGGGACCUGAGAAGACCUCUUUCUUCCAGGCUCUGGGAAUCACCACCAAGAUUUCCAGGGGAACUAUUGAAAUCCUGAGUGACGUCAGCCUCAUCAAGACUGGGGACAAAGUCGGUGCCAGCGAAGCCACGCUGUGCAACAUGCUGAACAUCUCCCCCUUCUCCUUCGGACUCAACAUCCAGCAAGUGUAUGACAACGGCAGCGUCUACAGUCCUGAUGUGCUCGACAUCACCGAGGCCUCUCUGCAUACCAGGUUCCUGGAGGGAGUGAGGAACAUCGCCAGCGUGUGUCUUCAGAUUGGCUAUCCUACACUGGCCUCUGUUCCCCAUACGGUCAUCAAUGGCUACAAGAGAGUCCUGGCUAUUGCUGUGGAGACAGAUUACUCUUUCCCUCUGGCAGACAAGGUGAAAGCCUUCCUGGCUGACCCGUCUGCCUUUGCUGCCGUCGCAGCACCAACGGCAGCUGCAGCCGCCGCAACACCAGCUGCUGCUGCUGCCCCCGCCAAGGAGGAAGUCAAGGAGGAGUCUGAGGAAUCAGAUGACGACAUGGGCUUCGGGCUGUUUGACUAAGAUUAACAUCUAAAUAUUAAUAAAAUGUGUCAAACAUGA